CCCGACCCUCUGCACCCGAGAAGCCCACCAACUACCGCCACCCAUUUCCGGCCGGAAAUCCAGCAAAGCUUGGGGGUUUUCUCCUUCUUUUCUUGUUCUUGAACCCAGAAAUCCCCCCUCCUUGCUGGAAAUUCCAGAUCUGCGCUGUCUUCUCCCCUCUGUCCGUCGGCCUCUGCUUGUGUGGGUGUGAAUUCUCGGCUUUUCUGGUAAGAACAGCCAUGAUUUCAUCUUUUAGCUUUGAUUUAAGUUGGGUUUGCCUUAAUUUCUCUGGGUUCUCCAUUUUGGGUUGGUCCCGUGAGUCCCCUGCAGAGAAUUCUCGCCGGCUUCUUUCCCCUGCUAGCUCCGGUUUGCUUGCUGGAAUUCUGGUUCUGAUCGUCCUGUCAAUUAGCAUUGAGAUUGAGUGCUCGGUUUUGUGCGAGUGAGGUAAGUAAAUUAUGGUAAAGCCCUUCGAUUUUAAAGCAUGUUUUCAAUUGUUUUUGAGAUGGUGGCAAGGUUUAAAUUGAUUUUAAAUUGAUUUUAUCAGCAUUUGAAUGUGAUUAAACUGAAAUGGAAAUUAUGAUGGUUUUUAUGAAAAUUUCCUUGUUUUUCUGAAAUUGAGCAUGAUUGGAAUGAAAAUGAGGAUUUUAUUGAUUUUCUGGAAAUGAGCAUGAUUGAGAAAUGAAAAUGAGGAUUUCAUUGUUUUUCUGGAAUAGAGCAUGCCUAUUUGGGAAUUGACGGAACUGUUUUGAUGAACUGAGAGUUUGCAAAUUCUGAGUUUUCUGUUAAAUCCAUGGUCACAUGGAAAUUUUCUGGUUUGAUUCUGAGAUUUGAGAUUGAUUGUGAAUUAUGGAUUUUUGGAAAUCCUGCAUGGUUUUGUCUCGGAUAUAGUCAUGAUUACUGACGCCCGCUAAUGGGAGCUGUAAACGCUAGCACAUGUCGACAUGUAUUUCUGUGGAACCGGUUCACCCUGCCUAUGGGGUUAAACACUGGCACUAUUACUGACGCCUGCCAGUGGGAGUGUGUUAAACACUGGCACUAUUACUGACGCCUACCAGUGGGAGUUUGUAAACACUGGUACCAUUAUUGACGCCUGCCAGUGGGAGUUUGUAAACACUGGCCAUGACUUAUGGAUGAGACUAUUGAACUGAGUUUUAUUCUGCAUGAACGGUUUGUCAUGAAUGCUUUGCAAUUGAACUGAAUCUGAUUUUGUCACUGAGCGUUUUGGUUAUAUUAAACUGUUUAUCUGGCAUGCUUAAAAGUUUUUACCCAAGGGCUAUCCAUAUUUACUUACUGAGUUAUCUCAUAGUUUUCCUUGUCCACCAUUUUAGGAAUCGAAACCGAGGACGGGGAAACCAAGGGGAGUGACGAAUUAGAAGGCUAGCCAUUCAAUUGGGGUAUAAGUUUUAGAUUUUAUCAUCCUUUUGUAAGGUUGAUUUUAUUCAUGAGAUUUUGUGAUUUGGAUAAGUUUCGAGCCUUGUGCAUUUGUGGGACCCACUCACGAGUGCACGGCGUCUGUCGCGCCUCGGAUUUGGGUUCUGGGGUGUGACAAAUGCAUUGAACACAAAUUAAAACGAAAAAUAGAUA